AUGGCAAGAGGCAUGAUCAUGUGUUGCCACAAUUGGGACGGAUUCAUGAAAGUAUCUGAUGUGAUACAUUCCGACUGGGGCUUUAAUCCGAAGGAGCUUGACGACCAACAUUCGUCCAAGCCUAUGCUCGUUGUGGGCUCGACCAACGAUCGAGUGGGUGGAAGCGCCAACAAUUGGCUUGUGGACAACUACAAGUCUGCCAGGCUGAUGUUGGUGCCAGGAGGUCACAUUUCGUCCCAAUAUUAUAUGGAUGAUAUGUGGAAAGAGCUCAUUAGCAGUGUGUGUGCAACACUAGGCCCCUCUUUGACGGCUGUGAUGGAUCUGACUCCAAGAUAG